ACGGUGAUUCGUUGUGGGACCGGAAAUUUCCCGGAGUUUCGUCACAUUUAUGGUGGGAAAGUAGGUUUAUUGCCAAAUUAUGUUAGCGUAAUUUUAUUUAAUGUAGAAAUUAUGGCCACAAAACGGAAAGCGGAUAUAUCGGUACCUGCCGAGGAGAGUGACCAGCUCCUUAUAAGACCACUUGGCGCCGGGCAGGAGGUAGGCAGGUCAUGUAUUAUCUUGGAAUUCAAAGGAAGAAAAAUCAUGCUCGACUGUGGCAUCCACCCAGGUUUGGAGGGCAUGGAUGCACUUCCAUACAUUGACUUGAUUGACCCGGCCGAGAUCGAUCUUCUGUUGAUCAGCCAUUUCCAUUUGGACCACUGUGGUGCUUUGCCAUGGUUUCUACAGAAGACAAGCUUCAAAGGAAGAACCUUCAUGACACAUGCUACUAAAGCCAUCUACCGAUGGCUCUUAUCAGAUUAUGUCAAAGUCAGUAAUAUCUCAGCGGAUGACAUGCUCUACACAGAGACUGAUCUGGAGGAGAGCAUGGACAAGAUAGAGACCAUCAACUUUCAUGAAGUGAAGGAAGUGGCUGGCAUCAAGUUCUGGUGCUACCAUGCGGGCCAUGUCCUGGGGGCCGCCAUGUUCAUGAUUGAGAUCGCGGGUGUGAAGCUGCUCUAUACAGGAGACUUUUCCCGCCAAGAAGACAGGCACUUGAUGGCAGCUGAGAUCCCCAGUGUGAAACCUGACAUCCUUAUCAUUGAGUCCACCUACGGCACACACAUCCACGAGAAGCGUGAGGAGAGGGAAGCCCGUUUCUGCAACACCGUGCACGACAUCGUUAACAGGGAGGGUCGCUGCCUCAUCCCCGUGUUCGCGUUGGGAAGAGCCCAGGAGCUGCUCCUCAUCCUGGACGAGUACUGGCAGAACCACCCGGAGCUCCAUGACAUCCCCAUCUACUAUGCCUCCUCGCUGGCCAAGAAGUGCAUGGCCGUUUACCAGACCUACGUCAAUGCCAUGAACGACAAGAUCCGCAAGGCCAUCAACAUCAACAACCCCUUCGUCUUCAAGCACAUCAGUAACCUCAAGAGCAUGGACCACUUUGAUGACAUCGGACCAAGUGUGGUGAUGGCGUCGCCUGGGAUGAUGCAGAGCGGCCUCUCCAGGGAGCUUUUUGAGAGCUGGUGCACAGACAAGCGCAAUGGUGUCAUCAUCGCCGGCUACUGCGUGGAGGGGACCCUGGCCAAACAUAUCAUGUCCGAACCGGAGGAGAUAACCACCAUGUCUGGACAGAAGCUGCCCCUCAAGAUGUCCGUGGACUAUAUCUCCUUCUCUGCUCACACGGACUACCAGCAGACCAGCGAAUUCAUCCGUGCCCUCAAGCCCCCUCAUGUGAUCCUGGUGCACGGAGAGCAGAAUGAGAUGGCCCGCCUAAAAGCCGCCCUGAUCCGCGAGUACGAGGACAAUGACGAGGUCCACAUUGAGGUGCACAAUCCCCGCAACACUGAGGCUGUCACGCUCAACUUCAGGGGGGAGAAGCUGGCCAAGGUCAUGGGUUCUCUAGCCGACAGGAAGUGUGUGCAAGGACAGAGAGUCUCUGGCAUCCUCGUGAAACGCAACUUCAGCUACCACAUUCUCACCCCAUCCGAUCUGUCCAAUUACACGGACCUGGCCAUGAGCACAGUGAAGCAGACGCAGGCCGUCCCUUUUACUGGACCCUUCCCCCUGCUGGUCAGCCAGCUGCGAAACCUGGCAGGAGACGUGGAGGAGCUGGAUAUCCCCGACCGGACCGCUCUGAGAAUCUUUAAGAACAUCACUCUAGUGCACGAGGUCGGGGUGGUGGUGCUGGAGUGGAUUGCCAACCCGUUAAACGACAUGUACGCCGACGCUGUCACUACUGUGGUUUUAGAGGUCCAGUCCAACCCGAAAGCCCAGAAAGUCAUGGAUUCCAAGAAGGGCAAAGUGGACACAGACAUUUAUCAGAAGAGAUUGGAAAUCAUGCUACAAGACAUGUUCGGUGAAGACUGUGUGGAUUUCAAGGAUGAGAAGAACCCGUCAGUGACGGUUGACGGGAAGACGGCGUACAUCUGCCUGGAGACCCGGACCGUGGACUAUGAGGAAGGUAGCGCCGAGGAUGAGUCCCUGAAGGAGAUGGUGGAGCUGGCAGUGCAGAGACUGUAUGACGCUCUGUGCCCAGCCCUCUGAGGAUACCUGCUGUCCUCUGAGGGUGAGCGAGUCGGGUCGUGCUGAAGCUGCCCGGAACAGGCCACAAGCACCACAGCCCUAGUCGCUAGCAGACCCAUGGCUGCUGUUUUGGACAUGUUGAAGUUAAGGGGCACAUCUGAAAACUUGGUGAAACAUCCAGUACAACAUGUUUGUAUUAUUAUUUUUUAUUUUAAUUACUGAGCUUCUGGUCAGUUGUAUCAGUUUGAUGUGUUUGGGAUGUUUUCUCAAUAGCCUGCUGUUUCACAGAAUUAGCGGACAGUGACAUUUUGUUGAACAUGAACGGAAUAUUCCAGAAUUAUAGGAUGCUGGAGUAAUGUCCACUAAAUAACAUUUUCUUGUAAGCUGUAAAGUACAGCGUUUGUUGGUGAUUAAUUAAGGUAAUAAACUUUUUUUUAACCAUUAUGAUUUUGACUUCGGUUUCUAAAUCAAGAAAACAUUACUGAACCCAGUAUUGUAUUCCAGGUAGACUAAAAUCAGAUGCAUGGCCUAUAAUAAAAUUUGGCUCCAUUUUCAUUAA